AUGAAUUACGAACGCAUGGCAGCCGAGAUCCCUGCUCUCUAUCGGCUAUCUAGGGAGUCCAAAGAGGCCGAUCUCCUCAAUGGUCUUUUAGGCUGGAUCCGCAACGACACCUUUGGGAAAGUGGCAGAAGUCUGUGCUCUCUGGGGUGCAAUCGUCCAAGCCAAUAAGCACCUUGCCAAGGUCGAUCGGACAUUGCAAGCACGUACAAUUGAACAUGAACACUUCAAUCUCAAAGAAGUUCUGGAUUCAGAGUUGAAGCAGGCCAAGGAAAUGAUGGCUGCUAUUCCUGGUGGCAGACGUGCAACUACGGUCACUACCGAUGAGGAUUUUUCUCUUGCUAUUAAGCGGUUGAAGUAUCUCCGCGAGUACAAAUAG